AAGCUCACCCUUCGGCCGAGGAGACAGAAUGGCUGGAUUUUUCUUAGACAAUAUCGAUAACGACGAUUUAUCCACAUACAUCCCUGUCACUUUUCAUUACAACGAGGGAAUAUGCGGGUUACGCGGAGUGUUCGGUUCGAACGAUGUUAUCCUUAACGGCCAAAUCCUCUACAAUCUGAUUGUGCGCACUCUAAACGUUUCUGCUGCGAUAGAGUAUCCCAGGUACUAUUUCGCCUCCGACGGUAUGGUGAUUGAAAAUAAUGAAAGACAUUCGAUGGAGGCUGCCUUGCAGGCUCGGCUGUACUCCGUCAUAUCGUCAUUAUCUCAUGACGGUACCUCGUCCGUGGGAAGCGUAAAUGCAAUUGUUAAAAGGAAGGAUUCGCUAUCGAGCCAUUCGGACAGUCGUGGAAAUGGAAUUGCGUCACGAUUUUAAGCCAUAUACGCC